GUACCAUAGGACGGCGCACAAUUAGCCCAGCGUCGUCCGGGUUUGGUCGUCAUUGUAAAUAAGAAUUUGUUCUUAGCUGACUUGCUUGGUAGAAUUAAAACAUUAUAAUAAUUGCUUAAAGUUCAGAAUGUCUCCAAAACCAUAUCAAUGUCUAGACAGAGCAUUUGGGCAGAAAGGUACGUGGAAUGACUCCAAUGCAAUGUAAGCAAGCAGGUCGGAUCUGCUGGAUACCAAUUACAGGUGCAUCAGGCUAUAAUUGCAAAUUAAUCAGGUUACCAGUAUCAGCUAAUGGUCCCCAGUGAACCCCAAACAAAUAGUGUGUAAGUAGGCUAAGUAUCCAGGAACAAUAACUAAGAAUAUAGGCCUAUGGCAUUUUAGGUUAAGGACUGUCACCACCACUCUGAAAUGCGACACAAGCGAAUCCUGCCAUAAUACUAGUAAUAGCGCGUUUCCGCAUUGGAUCAGCUGAUUCGGAGGAAGUAUGCGGAAGAAGUAAAUUCGAAACCUCAAGUAAAGCAAACAAAAUAGUGAACUUUUUUGGAAAGCUACUGACAGUAAAGUUUUACAAUUGUAUUUUAAAGCAGAAGAGUACCUGUACCAGUUCCACUCCAGUAGUUAUUUCACAGAGGUAGCCUAGUAACUGAACUGUCAUCAUCAUGGCAUGCAGCGACUCUAUGGUCACAAUGAAUGGAACCCAAGUUUCCUAUAUUGGACAUGACUGUGAGGACAUCCCAGAGUUCCUUGGAAAAAAAUAUGGAUGCUUGGCACGACGGCUAGAUCUCAGCUUCAAUCAGCUAAGGUCACUGGCUGGCCUGAAAGCGUUCACUGGGCUGGAAGAACUGGUCGUCGACAACAAUCUGCUCGGAAACGACCUCCAGUUGCCCAGGUUACCCACCCUCCACACCCUGACACUCAAUAAGAACCAACUGACUGACAUCGAGGCACUGCUGGAACACUUGGCGGAGGCAACUCCGUCGCUGCAGUACCUCAGCCUGCUGGGAAACGAGGCCUGUCCCAACCAGCUGGUCAGCCUGGACAAGGAUGAGGAUGACUACCAGAGAUACAGGUACUUUGUUCUGCACAAGCUACCCACCCUAAAGUUCCUAGACACUAGGAAGGUUUGUAAGACAGAACAGCAGGAGGCUGAGGCACGGGGAGCCUUCAUGAAGGUGGUUAAACCCAAGUCAUCAGACAUGGGGGCCCCAGGUGACCCUAAGUCUGAGAGUUCCUCCACACUCUACACCCCUCUACCCAGAGGCUCUAGAGACGGCAAGAACCACAAAGGUGUGCUCGCCAAGUGCCGUUACAUCUACUAUGGAAAGCAUUCAGAAGGCAACCGGUUCAUCCGCAAUGACCAACUCUAAUGGACCGACGGAGACACACACACACACACACACACACACACACAUACACACACACACACACACACGCACACACGCGUACAUGC